AUGGCCAGUCAACGACGCGGGCGAGGCGGCACCGCGCCAAAUUCAGCCAUUCCAUCCGCUUCUCAAGAAACUCAACCGACUCAAUCUAUGACAAGAAAUCAGUCGCGCUCUGGUGUCGAUAACGCAGAGGCAGCGGCGGCAGGAUACUCAGCCAUUCAAUCCUUUGGCCAGAAUGAUACGACCUGUGGAGGGCCUUCAAAUGUUGCCGCGGUCAUCACACAGUUGUACGGCUGCUUCAACUCAAGAUGGGUUGGGUAUUGGAUCGAUGCGGAUGGUGUGGCUUGGGCGCCGCAGGAGGUGAUUGCGCAGGAUCCCUGUCCGGAGCUCAAGUACUUCUGGGGAGAGCACACCGAGACUCAAUGUUGGUUGUGCAGCCUAUGCACUACUGUCUAUCAGCACGGCACCAGUACCUCCAUUUGUCGCAAGCAUCUGAUCAAGCGGCACAUGACCAUCUUUUUUGACCUCCUCCGGGAACACGGCGGUAAAUCCAGAACUCCGUUCAGCAUCAAGGCGCUGGUCCUGCAGAUCAUUCGGGUUAUUGUGGCAAACGAUUUGUCUCUCAAUCUCAUCAACAACCGCAAGUUUCGGGAUCUAAUGCUGCUCCUGAACCAAUCACUUCUUGACAGCCAAAUCCCUCAUCGUACCACCCUUCAUGUUGCAAUUAUUGUUCAAUGGGAGACAUAUUACGGGUCAUUGAAGCAAGCCUUGCAGUCUUUGCUUGGAGAGAUCAGCUUCACACUUGAUCUCUGGAGCAGCAAGGGGAUGUAUCCGUAUCUCGCCGUGACGUUGCACUGGCUGGCUCGCAAUGGUCAGACCAAGGCUAAUUACAUACGCCAUGCUCUCCUCGCUUUUCGACGCGUUCGUGGAUCUCAUAGUGGAACACGGAUUGCACGGAUCAUGAUUCAAAUCCUGUCCGCAGCAGGCAUUGUUGAGAAGGCCGGGCAUUUCACCAUGGACAACGCCUCAUCAAACACUUUGUUCAUGCAACAUCUCAAAGAGGAGAUUGUUGAGAUUGUCCCAGACUCGACAUUCAAAGCGGCGGACCGUCAAGUGCGAUGUUUCUCGCAUAUCAUCAACCUAUGCUCUCAGGCAGUCAACAAAGCGAUGGAGAAGAUUGACAGGAGGAAUGCUGAAGAGACGGUUACCAAUUCGGGGACCAAAACGGCGGCUGGACCGAUUCGUCGUGCGAGGAAGACCGUUGCAUAUGUUCAAAAGUCUGGUCAGCGCUGGGAUGCUCUGGAGGAUGUCAUCAAGGAAGGAAACAAGACACAGUUGUGGCUGGAGAAGAACGAAAAUGCUAUGACCCACGUGGAGCUCAAGGCCGUCCAACUCCUUCCGGAUGUCAAGACACGUUGGGAUUCCAUGUUCUAUAUGCUUCAAAGGCUUCGAUACCUGAAGCAGCCUGUCAUCAAGUACUUCACCUCAAGUCCCAAGCACCAGCAAUUUAUACACAAGCUUGAGACGCAGCACUGGAACCGUCUCGAGCUGUUGGAAUUAGUCCUUCAGCAACCACAUGUGGUCCAGACUGUAAUGGCAUGGGAAGGCACUCCCAUGAUGGCGGAGGCAAUUCCCGCGUAUGAACUGUUCAUUUCGGCUUGGGAGGCUAUGUGCAAGGACAAUCUUUUGGCAGCCGAGGGCCUUGACGAGAUCAUUGAGCCAGGCCUGGUCAUAGCUGAGAAGUACCAUGGCUUGAUGAAGGACACCGCGGCAUACGCGAUCGCAAUGUUGAUCAAUCCUACCAUCAAGUUCCUUUGGAUCACACAAAACUGGUCCCCGCUUCAACAAGAGGAAGCUCGCGAACUUGUCUUUGAACGGGACAACGCCCUCUACAUCCCCCACCCCUCAUCACCCUCUCCUUUCCUUCCCACCCAAGCUCUCAACCCUGGGAUCCUCUCAGUGAUAUUCCCACUUGAUUCCUUCGAUUUCUCCCUGCGCAUCCGCUCCAGCAGUCUGACUUCCAAGCCCUGCAUGCUGGAGACACCUCUUCGCUUCAAUUCCGCUCUUAUUCGGGUUUCCCUCCCAUUCUUAUUGGGCGUUCAAAUCCUGCAAUUUAAUCGCACUUGGGACAUUCUAUGGUCUCAGCUCAUUCUGGACCGUUGGUCUUGA